AGGUGAGUUUUAUUGUGAACUCGAUCAUCACAUCACAUGAGAGAACAAAGAAAAGGAGACGACACAAAAGAGAACGAAACGACCACAAUUUUCCAAACCAACACCGAAUCGUUUCUUCUUCGAUCUUCAUUUCUAGUCUCGCCGGCGCCGCCGCCGGUGAUUGCCGUGUACUUGCUGUGAUUAGCAGAAGUUUGAGGCUCUUGCGGUGGAAAGUUCGAGUUUCGAGUGCCGGGGUUUGAUUGCCAUUGAUGAAUUGCUUAUUGAAGCAAAAUGGGAAUUCAAAUUAUGCAGACAUGUUGAAGGCAUCAGAAUAUCUUUAAAUGGAGAACUUUCGAUGCUAUAUUACAAUGACGUUCUGAGAAAGUAGACGAGAAAAUCAAGAAAGCAGUUGAGAGAAAUGGAGUGCAAUAAGGAUGAGGCCACCAGAGCUAAAGAAAUUGCUGAGAGGAAGUUUAUUGCAAAGGACACUUUGGGUGCAAAAAAGUUUGCUUUGAAAGCUCAAAAUUUAUUUCCUGCCCUUGAGGGUAUUCCUCAGCUGAUAGCAACACUUGAUGUAUAUAUUUCUGCCGAGAACAAAAUAAAUGGAGAAACAGAUUGGUAUGGUAUACUUGGUGCAAACCCCUAUGCCGAUGAUGAUACAGUCAGGAAACACUACAGGAAGCUAGCUCUCAUGCUUCACCCUGACAAGAACAAAUCUGUUGGGGCUGAUGGGGCAUUUAAACUUAUAUCCGAGGCAUGGAGUUUACUUUCAGAUAAGUCUAGACGGGCAGCUUAUGAUGAUAAGAGAAAGGGAAAAGCACGGAAAGAUUCAACUAUGUUCGGUGGUUCAUCAGCAAAAAAAGGGGCUAAUGGAAGUUUCAAUUUUACUAAGACUACCUCUUCAAGUGCAAAGACUCAGAAGAAUACUGCUAAAGAAAACACUUCAUCUUCUACCCAUAAGUCAAAACCAACAUUUUGGACUACUUGCAAUCGUUGCAAAAUGCAGUAUGAGUAUCUUAAAGUUUAUCUUAACCUUAAACUCUUGUGUCCCAACUGCAAUGAGGCAUUUUUGGCUAAAGAAACGGAGCCACCUCCUGCAAGUGGUAUUAGACCUGGAGCAUCAUGGAGUUUUUCAAAAAACCAGCAAAAGUUCAAUGGCCAAGCACCUAAUAAAAGCAAAUCUAGUGCUGGAAAUAGCAAUACCAGUUUCCAGUGGACUCCGUUUUCAAAAACUUCUGGUGUUUCUAAUGCGGCUCAAGCUGCAAAUGUGGUUCAGCAGGCAUAUCACAAGGUGAAGCGAGAUCGUGAGGAGGCACAAGCAGCUACCAAAAGGGAAGAGGCCUUAAAAAGGAAGCAAAAUGUUUCUAGAAAAGGUUACUUUAAUCCAGCCAAGAGAAGAAAGGGGGGCAUGGAGGAACCAGUUAAUCAAAUGGGUAGAAAAGGUAGUUUUGGAUAUAAUGGGGAUGUCUCCCUGAUUGAACUUCAGAAUCUGCUGAUGGAGAAAGCUAGAAAAGAAAUUAGCAAGAAACUCAAGGAAACUCAGUCAAAUACUGUUAAUAAAUCGGUGGUGAAAGAGAGUGGAAAUUGCUUCCAGAAAGCUAAUGAGAACAGAGAAAAAUCUGUAAGAAAUUUUGAGACGUGUGCUCAAAAUAACAUUGGAAAGUCAGAAGAUAGACAGAGUGGAUUGCUAGUAGAAAUCAGUACAAACUUUUUGGAUGCAAUGCUAGUAGAUGUUCCAGAUCCUGAUUUCCAUGAUUUUUACAAGGAUCGAACUGAAAGAUCUUUUGGUGAAAAUCAAAAUCAAAUAUGGGCUGCUUAUGAUCAUGAUGAUGGGAUGCCUCGAUGUUAUGCAAUGGUCCACAACGUGAUCUCUUUGAAUCCAUUCAAGAUACAGAUCAGUCUGCUCAAUCCAAAUACCAACAGUGAACUGGGCUCUCUAAAUUGGGUUGCUUCAGGCUUUUCAAAAACUUGUGGGGAUUUCAGAAUAGGUAGACAUGAAAUCUGUAACUCGAUACAUUUUUUUUCUCACAAGGUUAGGUGGAGAGAAGGUAAUGACGGAGCCAUUCGUAUAUAUCCCAGAAAAGGGGAUAUUUGGGCCAUCUAUAGGAACUGGUCUCCUGACUGGAAUGAGCUAACAGCAGAUGAGGUUAUGCACAAGUUCGAUGUUGUUGAAGUACUUGAGGAUUUUAGCGAAGAACAUGGUGUUACUAUUAUUCCUCUGGUCAAGGUGGCUGGGUUCAAGACAGUAUUUCACCACCACAUAGAUCCAAGAGAAAUCAGAGUUAUUCCAAGGGAAGAGAUGCUUCGGUUCUCUCAUCAGGUACCUUCAUGCUUGCUUACUGGUCUAGAAGCUCAGAAUGCUCCAAAGGGUUGCAGAGUGCUGGACCCAGCUGCUACUCCGUUUGAACUUCAUCAGGUAAUAGAAGUUGUGGAGGAGGAAUACAUGGUGGACAAUGGGGAUGGUGUUAUGAAAGAAACAUGUGAUAAAAACAAAGAAGCCAGUUGUGAGCAAUUGAUCAGUGAUGUGGGAAAACAUGGGGAAGGAAAGGAGGGAAAGAGUAAAGAUAUCCAGGAAAUAGAAAUAUUGAAAGAGCAAGGAGGGUGUUUAGCAUGUUAAUGGAAAUCAAACUUUAGGACAUUCUGGCUCGUUUGGGAAAUGGAAAAUGCUAGAUAGCCAGAAUUAAUUAGACAAAGUAUCAGUUGACGUUGUAUUAAUUCUUGGAUGGUUGAGAAAAUUCCUAUUGCUUUACCUUAUCCAACAAUAACCAUUGAAGAUGGGUAAAUUUUGUUAAUUAUUUUCUAGAUUUGUAGUGUUUACUGUUGAAAAAUUUGCGGGAAUAUAUUAUUCAUGUUCUAACA